AUGGAUGAUAUAGACCAAUCAGAAAUAUAUGAUCCUUCCGUAAAUUCAUUCAGUCAAGUUGGUUCUGUUAUUAAUCAUCCUCUGUUCUUGCAAAGUGAGAUACAAGGCUGCCUUGAUGUUGGUGAUCCUAACUAUGAAUGUUCAAUUUGUGGCGUGUGUUUCUGGUUAUUAGAACGUGUUGAAAGAGAUUCUACAGUUAAUCAUCCUAUUUUUACUGUUUGUUGCUCAAAGGGAAAAAUUCAGUUACCUUAUCUCCAAAGGCCCCCAGAUCUGUUAUAUAAUUUGAUCAAUGGAGAUGAUAGCAAGAGUUUGUAUUUCCAAAAAAAUAUUCGAUCUUAUAACAGUAUGUUUGCCUUCACGUCUCUUGGCGGUAAGGUAUUGGAUUCAGUGAAUGAUGGGAGAGGUCCACCGCAGUUUAUAAUAAGUGGUCAAAAUUAUCAUCGGAUUGGAAGUUUGCUCCCAAAUGCUGGUGAGAAGCCUAAAUUUGCACAAUUAUACGUAUACGACACUCAGCAUGAGAUAAUUAAUAGGCAGCGAAUCUUUGGGCAAACAUCUGAGAUAGAUAAAGAAUUGAUAACUGAGUUGUUGCAAAUGAUCGAUACUCAUAAUGUCAUAGCACAGUCAUUUCGAAGAGUUAGAGAAUUCUAUCAGUGUCAUCCAUCUGAGAUUUUCUCAUUGAAGUUGUAUUCGCAACGGAACGUUGAUCGAAGAAUGUACAGUGCUCCCUCUUGCGAUGAAGUUGCUACUUUAAUUGUUGGCGAUUUUGAUUCGUCGGAUCAUGGUCGUGACAUUAUUGUUCGAUCUACUGCUGGUCGGUUGCAAUGUAUAUAUGAAACUCAUGCUCUAUAUUGGCCCUUACAGUAUCCUCUGUUGUUUCCAUAUGGUGAGGAUGGUUAUCAGUUGAACAUUGGUUAUCAAGGUCAACAGUCUGGAUAUAUUCCUGGAAGGAGAACAAGAGUUUCUCUCAGGGAAUUCAUAUGUUUUCGUCUGCAGAUUAGGGAGCAUGAAGAUGGAAUUAUUCACAAGUGUAGGCGGUUGUUUCAACAAUUUGUUGUUGAUUGUUUCACGAUGAUUGAGUCCCAGAGGUUGUAUGAGAUCAGAAUGAAGCAAAGUACAAUUAGAGGAGAAGUUCUUCAAGGAAUAGAGGAGGCUAUGCAUCGUGGUGAUAAUGAGGCUUCUUCAAUUGGGACACGAAUUAUUUUGCCUUCCUCCUUCACUGGUGGUAAACGUUAUAUGUUUAACCGUUGUCAGGAUGCCAUGGCAAUUUGUAAACAUUUUGGCUAUCCAGAUUUAUUCCUCACUAUUACAUGUAAUCUAAAUUGGCCUGAAUUCCAGCGGUUCACAGAGCGAGAGCGAAUUCCCAUCGCUGAUCGUCCUGAUAUCUCUUGUCGUGUUUUUCAUGCUAAGUUGAAGUGCCUCCUUAGCGAUCUCAAGGAAGGUGUGUUUUUUGGUCCACUUAAUGCAGGUAUGUAUACUAUUGAGUUCCAAAAAAGAGGUCUACCUCAUGCACACAUGUUACUCUGGCUUAAUGGAGAAAGCAACUUACAAAGUGUCGAAAUUGUUGAUGAAUUCAUUUGUGCUGAGCUACCCAAUCCACAGAAAUUUCCAUCUCUUUAUAAUGUCGUCAUCAAGUACAUGAUCCAUGGUCCCUGUGGUGCACUUAGACCGAGUUCUCCUUGCAUGAAAGAUGGUAAGUGCUCAAAAUUUUAUCCAAAAAGAUUCGUUGACCAAACGAGUUUUGAUGAAGAUGGGUAUCCAAUAUAUAGACGUCGUAAUAUGGGUGUGACAGUGAAAAUCAACGAUGUUGAUAUUGACAACAGAUUUGUUGUGCCAUAUAAUCUGCUGUUGUUGAUGAAAUAUCAAGCUCACAUAAAUCUUGAGUUUUGUAACAAGUCAAAUGUCAUUAAGUAUCUUUUUAAGUAUGUUAAUAAGGGUCCAGAUCGGGUGACUGCAACUGUUGGAGAAAGAUAUGAUGUUGGUGAAUCUUCUCAGGUGGUUGAUGAGAUCAAACAGUAUUAUGAUUGUCGUUAUUUGUCACCUUUUGAAUCCAUGUGGAGGAUUUUUGCUUACGAUAUUCAUCAAAGAUGGCCGUCGGUACAGAGGUUGACUUUUCACUUGCCAAACCAGCAACAUGUUGUAUUCGAUGAUGCUGAUAGCACUACUCAUGUUUAUUUGCGCAACAAAGAUUUGCUUACGAUGUUUACAGGUUGGAUGAUGGCCAACAGGCGGUUCACGGAGGGGCGGUCUCUAACAUAUGUUGAAUAUCCAGGUAAAUUUGUAUACUGUUUGAAGAGCAGGGAGUGGAAACCAAGACAGAGGGGAUUCUCUAUUGGAAGACUGAGUUUCGCUCAUCCCUCCUCCGGUGAACUUUUCUACAUGCGGAUGCUUUUGAAUGUGCAGAGAGGUUGUACCAGUUUUCGAAGUAUAAGAACUGUGAAUGGUGUUACUUAUGAUACAUUUCAAGAGACAUGUUCUGUCAUGGGUUUCUUGAUAGAUGAUAACGAGUAUGUUUCUGCUAUUAAGGAAGUCGCCGAGUUAGCGUCAGCUGCAUAG